AUGGCAAUUAUGAAAGAUAUUGAUUCAGUAGAACCUGAAAAGAUUGAACCUAAAAAGAUUGAUUGGGUUCCAGUCGAUGGAAAUAAUUUACACGAAAUUGAAGAGAAAUUGGAUUUUUUUAUGGCAAUUUGGAAUAUUCGAACAAUUAUUAAAGAUGAAUCUGGAAAAUAUAGAAGGUCACAAACUGAAUCACGCGUAGAUCUCAUAAAAUUACACAGUCCUGAAACUUCAGACGUCAUAAAUAAAGUGAUUCCCUUAUCUGCUCAUCAAACAGUAAGUUCCCUCCCUCAUUCUUAUCAUUCUUAA